UUUUGCGCCAGUCUGGGUUAGUUCGUGGUCGGAUACGCGAGUGUUUUCAACUUUGCUCCGCGCACCUUGCGUACGUGUUGUUUUUGCUGUUGCUGUUGUUGGUCGUCGUCGCCGUGGUACGCGCCGCGCGCCUCGUUCGGUAGACGAAUAACAGGAGUGGAAAGGGGCAGAAGGGAGGAAGCAGGAAGUGUAUUGGUUUCAUUCCUCAGGAAGAUAAAAGUUUUUCGAUAGUGUACUGUUGAUUGCAGCAACUGUGAACCGAGAAAUGACGGCAGAACAAGUUUGUGAGUGAGUUUUGUUUUUUUUUGCGGAAUUUAUUGGUUCGUGAAGCUCGAGAAACUCGAGCUCGUCCAGUGCGGGGAGUGAUGGCGUAAAUAGCGUUUCGGCUGAAGUAGGAAGAAGAGGAAGAAAAAAAGUGUCCAGAUAAGAUAAGCAACAUUUGCUUAAGCUGUCACCAUUAUCGUUAUCAUUUCGGCUGGUCGGUUGCCGGUUGACGGCCCAAUACGAUACGAGAAGGUUGGAUGUGUAAAUAGCAGGAGGGCUAGGGCUAGGCUAGAGAGUGAGUGUGAGUGAGUUUGACAUUCCCGGACACGGGAAAGCUGCCAGAACCAUGGUGAUUGGGAAACUGCAGCCGCUGGAAUUUACGGACUGUCUGCUGGACAGUCCGGAAUUCCGGGAAAAUCUGAACCAGCACGAGAAGGAGUUGGAGAAAACUAGUCAGCAGAUCAAGCGGAUCAUCAAGGAGGUGAAGGACCUGUUGGCGGCAGCUAAAAAUUUGUCCCGGGCACAGCGGACCCUGUCCAAGAGUCUGAACGAGUUCAACUUUGAGUGCAUCGGCUCGACCCAAACCGACGACGAGCAGGUGAUAGCCGACAGUCUGAAGCAGUUUAGUAAGCUCAUAUCGGCGAUAGAGGAAGAACGUGAUAAUAUGUUGGAUCGAGCGCACGAUCAAAUCGUGGGACCGCUGGAGGAGUUUCGCAAGUGUCAUAUCGGAGGCGUGAAGGAGAACAAGAAAAAGUACGACAAAAAGACUGCCAAAUUUUGCCAGGCGCAAGAAAGGUUCCUUAACAUGUCCUCGAAGAAGCCGGGAUCGGCCGUCGUGGAGGCAGAUGCAUCAUUAGGAAUGCUAGAGAGAGAAUACCUGCAGGAGUCCCUCAGUUAUGUUCUGGGCAUACAGGAAGUGCAGGAAAGGAUAAAGUUCGAGUUUGUGGAAAUAAUUUUAAGAUUCAUUUCCGACUGGCUGGUGUUUUACCAUCUCGGCCAUGAAGUAGCGGAAGAUGCCAAAGACUAUCUAUCAGAUCUCCAACUUAAAGUGCAAAAGACGAGGGAAAACUUUGAUGAAACUCGGCAGAAGGCGCAGGAGCUAAAACACAGAUACAUGGAGAGUAAAAUGAAACCAGAGAGCGAGUACACCAAACAGGGCUACCUGUUUCUUAUGGAAAAGAGUAAGAUUAAGGCAUUCACGGCAACAUGGUCCAAAUACUACUGUACGUACAAAAAGCAGAGCAAAAAGUUCUCCAUGCUGCAGUUCAACCAAAUAUCGGGUCGAUCGCAAUCGUCAACGGAAGUGCUAACGUUGGCCUCGUGCACGCGCCGGCUGUCGGAGUUUGAGAAGCGAUACUGCUUCGAUCUGAUCUUCGAGGAGCGACCGGCGAUCACGUACACGUUUCAGGCGCUCAGCGAGGAGGAUCGCAAGGCGUGGCUGAACGCCAUGGACGGCAAGGAACCGACAUACCUAGCCCCAGCGACAAAUCACAACGAGGAUGGUCAUCUGGACGAGGUCGGGUUCGCGUUCGUACGCAAGUGUAUUGAAGUGCUGGAGCGGCGGGGGUUGGAGGAGGAGGGUUUGUACCGGAUCGGCGGCGUGAGUACAAAGAUAACAAAGUUAUUGAACAUGGGACUAGAUAGGAAAAAGACUGAGAAGGAUAGAUUGAUGUUUUUUAAUGACGAGCAAAGCUCGGAUGUAUUAGAGAGUAAGACGAUAGCAAGUGCACUGAAGCAUUAUUUAAGAAACCUGAACGAGCCGCUGAUGACGUUUCGGUUGCACCACUCGUUCAUCUCGUCGGCAAAGCAAGAGACGCGACAGGGUCGCUUGAGCGAUGUUCACCAGCUGAUACACAGGUUACCGAAGAACCACUUUGAAAUGCUGGACAUUGUCAUCAGGCACCUGAAGUCCGUGGCCCUCAAGUCGGACAAGAACAAGAUGUCCGUGUUCAACCUGGGCGUCGUGUUCGGGCCAACGCUGCUGCGCUCCGCGGAGGAAACCGUCGCUGCCAUAUUAGACAUCAAGUUCAACAACGUUGUGAUAGAGAUCCUGAUUGAUAACUACGACAAAAUCUUCAAAACGCAGCCGGGCAAGAGCACGGACUAUUUGCCCCACACAAACACGAGCCCACCGUUAGCGAUGCAGCGAUCGUACGCCGGAAUCGGCAGCGGAGGAGGAGGAGGUGGCGGCGGCCUCAGUAUCGUCGGCGGGAGCUAUGCCAAAGAACGCAGCGCUACUUAUUCCCAGCCCGUGGUGCGGGUCGUUGCCAAGUCAAAUUACACCGAGCCGGUUAUGUCGUCGAGCCUGCAGAACAUCUCCAACGGGCUGUCGCUGUACAGCAAAGGAACCAAUCACUAUCCCACCUACGAGGCGAAACCGAAGAUCAUCUCGUCGAUCAACAGUUCCACGCCGUCGCUGUUGCGCGACACGACGCUGUCCCCGCGGGAAAUUAGCAUAGACACGCGGGAGAGCACGUACCUCAAGUCGGCACCCUCCACGAUCACCAUCAACAGCCACAACAGUCCACCACCGCCUGGUCACAAUCACCAGCAGUUGGUGAGGCAGGAUGGCGGGGGAGGAGGAGGAGGAGGAGGGGGAGGGGGUGGAGGCGGCGGUAACAAUCCGAUCUAUCAAAGUACCUACCAGAGUCACCUGCUGCACAGUCGGGGCGACCCGUCGGCGAUGAUCCGCGGCGGGAGUGCCGGAUCGGACAGCAUCUACGGUGCCACGACGGGCAUGCACAAACUGGGCGGCCAUCCGAACCCGAUGACCAGCAGUGAUUCGAACCUGACCAGCACCCGCAAAGAGCUGUCCAUCUACGAUCGGAUAAACUCCACCAGCAGUUCGAACGAGUCCGUCUGUUCGUCGUCUAGUCGGGAUCUGAACCAUUCGUACGGCAGCAGUCGGGCGGUGAUGCCCAGCUGGGAGUACGCGGGCUCGGGCAACGGAAGCGUUGGAUUGGUCAGUAGUGCGCUGAGUAAGUUCAACAUUCAACGGGACGAUGCUAGUCAAGGUUAUAUCCCGAAGAAGACGCAGCGCAUGAAGGGGCUAACCCGGCACACGAAGCUGGUGACGCCGAGGGACAAUCUGCGGGUGAGGACACUGUAUGCGUGUCUGGCGGAGAACGACGGAGAGCUGUCGUUUGAGCCGAACCAAAUCAUUACCAACGUGAAACGUUCCAACGAACCCGGGUGGCUCGAGGGCACCCUGAACGGCAAAUCUGGCCUAAUACCGGAAAACUAUGUCGAGGUACUAAAGUAAGUUUAGAUGGCUGCAAUCGCAACCACCAACCACCACCACCACCACAAACUUACCAAAUACAGUCCGGGUUACCCGCCGUCGUGUCGUGCUGUGCCGCUACAACAAAUCGAGCGUUUGUACAUUUUUCAUCAAAACCGUAGAAUGUACUAGGGUGUGUGUACUGUGUAGAUUACCGUUUAGUAAGUCGUCGUCGUCGUCGCCGCAUGGAUCGGGUGAGGAGCUGGGCUUAUCGCGCCCGCGCGAUGUUAUUGAAGGGUAGCUUGAAGGGGGAAUGCAUAAAAGAUAAAAAAAAGAAAAUUUAUUGUAUUAUUUUGAUAAAUCUUUCUUGAGAAUUUUUCCAUUGUUUCUUUUUUGAUAAAUUUUUUAUACACGGUAUUUAAUAGUGGGCAAUAAAAUCACGACUAUAAUAUUUGCACACAUACACACUAAAAAAGAACCAGCUUUCAUCAAACACACCUAGAAACACACACACACAAACAUACGUGUGCAUGAAUCACGGAAGAGAAAUGAAAUUAAGAAGAAGAAAAACUAAGGCUGUAAACCAGGCUCUUGCAUCGGCACAAUAUAGUUACUAUGUAUUUGCUAAACAAAUAUUGAUUUUUGAUGUCAGAGAGUCGGAGGGAUUCCAUAUUAAAGAGUAAGAGAACAAGAAAACUAUCAUUUCACACUGCACUAAUAGCAAAACAAAAAAACAGGAGGAACAAAGGGAAGCGAACCACUCGACCUUAGUGGACUAUGUGUUUCGUGUAACCUCUAUUGUGUACAAAUAAAUCAAGUAAAAGCUACAUCGAAUAACAAGCUAGAGCAACAACGGGGCCCAGUUUCACUAUCUAAACGUUGCGGCCUCAGAUCGAUGAAGUUGUAGAAUUUUGAUAAACCUAAGCGAGAGUUUCUCGACUCGACGAGAUCACAACAAUAACAAACCAAACACCAAUGAAUUUGAGGUAAUAUUAGAGAAAACAAAACUUCAACUAAGAAACAUACAAAAAACACACAUACAUCCCUCUUGCAAAUCAAAACCAAAUAAGCUAACGUUCAUAUGAUGAUGAUGGAAAAAAGGCAUCUAAACAAAUAGUUGUAUAAUUGUAGCUGUCUCGUAACACUGCAAAACCUACAUGCACUGUACAAAAGAAAACCUCUUCUUAUGGAUCGUUAUUGACUGCUUCAUCGCACAUCGAACUGAGCAUCGGCCGACACUCUGCAAACAAGCAGGGUUUUUACGUGCACCGUCCAUGUUUUAUUUCUUCUUUUAGUGAGAAAACCCCGCAACGAGAUUGAAGACGCGCAACGCAAGGCAUCUAAUUUGGGCAUUUAUAGUUUUUGCAAAAACGGAAAUGUUUUAUAAACAAGGUUGCAAAAGAUGAUAUUAAUCGUAUUUUUUAAUUAAUUAACAGUUACAGGUAAUUGAAACAUAUCUAAAGUGAAACCCUCUCAAACAUUUUAAUGAAAUAUUGUUAUAUCAGUCAUAAAGGUUCCAUUAUGAAAGGGUUUUUUUUCUAUAAAUUGAUUACGCCAUUGUGUUAAGUUUGACUGUCCACAACCUUCUGAUUUUAUUGUAAUCGAUAAGUCCCCCAGAGCCUCACACAUGAGGUACUGAGGUAUUGCUUAUUGAGCAUUAAUUGAGCAACAUGCUUUAAUCGCGUCGAGGUAAACGAAGUUAUGCUUUGUUCGCAGUUUGGAUAACUGUUGUCAGCUGUGCUGAUGAUGUUGGUGGCGUCGAUCAAUUGUGCGGAAAGCAAUUUCCGUAACUUAUAAAAAGACACAAUUUUUUUGAUAUCAUUUAAUCUAACCCUAGCGCAGCCAUCCUUUCUGAAGCAUUAUAGGGAAUGUUGGGGCGAUUACUUAUUACAUCCUUCUUUUCUGAACGGCCAGGCUAACUGGCCAAUUUUCGUUCUCUUGCUCUCAAAUCAAAGCCUCGGAUGCCCCUUUUCUGCAACCGAUGUGACAAAAUGUUAUUUGCCUCUGCUACCACUUGCUACAAACAUUUAUUUCAAGACCAUGUGGGAUUAUUGGACGCCUUUCUAUUGACGAUCAGAAAAUCCCAGUAUUACUGUUCGUGUUUGUAUCAGAUGUUGUAUCUCAGCAAUAAUAGAGUUAUCUACGUGCGCAUGUAUUGCGUGUACGUACACGAAAAAAAGUGAGGUUAAAUUUUGUACCCGACAGCAAAACAAAUGGCGUGCUAGUGUUCGUGAGAACGGGCUUAGAUAACUCUAUUCGACGUGGUCGUGCUGACUUUGAAUAAUUUCAAACAAUAGCACGGAAUGUAAACUAUAACAAACACUUUUUGUUUGGCUGGCCGUUCUGAGCAUUGUUCCGAAGUUUGGUUGAAUUUGUUGGACGGAGUCUCGAGUUAUAAUUAAAAAUGUUUACAGUAGUUGGAUAUGUACGUGUGUCAAACGUGUUCUGACUUAAAUCCCAUUGGCCAGUUGUCGCACUUGCAGUCAUUUUCAGGUAGUGUCAAAAUGGCACGAUCAGAUCAGAAAUUUCUUUUAUAUGAAGAGUGACAACAAUGCACGAAGCUUUUCCGGUUUUUAUUGAAUAUAUCAGGUUUGAAAUCGAAUUUUAGGGAUCUGCGAAGGUCAUGGGGUGAGCAAGGAUCUGACACGCAUGCAUUUUUCUGAAGUCAAUAUUGUUUACGUGUGGUUUUUGAAAAGGUCGUAUGAAAUACAUACAUAAUUAUUUUUUCAAAUAAUUUUUUUGGAGCUUUUCACGAUCUUUUGCAUAUAUAUUUGAGAUAAUUACAAGUAUUACUUAAUAACAAUAACAACCUUGUUUAUAAAAAUAUGCAAUCUUCAAUUUUACAGAAAAUGAACCUAAUGCAGCUAUUUUUUUAUCUACCCUUUAAUAAAAAUUGUGACUUUUUCAUAGAAGGUUUGUUAAAAUUACUCCUCAAUCAAGCCUGAAAUAAUUUGACCUCACGACAAAGCGCUUUCUUACCAGGAACACCGAAAUACCGCGAUUACGUUAACGCCAGCACCCAAGACAAAGGCAAAACUGCUAAGAGAGGUGUAGCCCCUUGACUUAGUGUAAUAUAUGUACAUUCUAACUAUGAUCCAACUAGGCUGUAAGAAUGACUAAAAAAAACAAACCAACAAACACAAAAACAAAACAAAAGAAAUAACCAUUCUGAGAGCGAGGAAGGAAGGAAGGAAGGGAGAAAAUAUGUGGAAAUCAAUGACACCAGAAAAUACACUUUUAUCGUUAAGUUUAGUGUAAUAGUCGUAACUGAAAACAGAAAACAAAACAAGAAUAACUUAUGGAUAGAUUAACUGAAAUGAACAGAAAUGUAAUACUUUUAAGAAAACCAAUUCUAACGGAAUGCAACAGCGAACAUUUGAGAGAGGAAAGCGAGUGUAUAUUUUUUAUCAAGCUUUUUAAUUUCCUAAAACUAAAAAGGUGUUUUGUUUACCAAGCAGGAAGCACUACAUUUUAAAGCGAUUUCCUUUUUCUGUACAUAUUGUAUAUUGUCCAAACGUCACUAUAAAUUUUAAAAUCGCGAAACAAAGAGUCAAAAUUCCGUUUUUAGAAUGAGUUGCCAUAUAACGUACAAAUCGGAAUUCAACUUAGAACAAAAUCUGUUGACAUUCGCUUUUAAUUCUUUUAAAUUCAAUAUUCUUCAGUCAUUCCCUUUUCUAACAUUAUGUUUACUACCCCAAAUUGUAUUGCUCUAUUCCUUAGUUAAGAUGUAGUCCAAAUUCAAUCAGUAUAAAUCGUAAACAUUCCUUUAAUUUAUUAAACAUCUAAUUACAACAAAAAUGGCCCAACCUAGUUUUCAACACUCUUUCUAUUCUGCUCGUUGUGUGAAAAGGAAACAAAUAUUUAAAAAAAAGUAGAGUGGAGAGUAAAUUAAUCUGUGAUACAGUCACAACUAGAAAGAGAGAGAGAGAGAAACAGAGCAAAUGUGGUGGGUUUAGUUUAUUUUAAUUCCUGGAAAACAUCGUUUGCUGCUCAGUUUUUAUUACCAUGUUUUUAGUCUUUUUUCCCCGCAAGUAUAGUUUGUUUUGUAAACUUCAGUUUAUUAUGUUAUCGUAAUACUAAUGACUGUUGAUUUUCUUUUCAAACAAAUUUAAUCCUUUGAAUUGCUACCCCCGAUACGACAGCGAACUCGCGUAGUUUAAUUCGCUUUUGGGAAUCGAAUUGCUACCGGAAACAAAGGCAACAGAUUCGGUUUGGUUUUUAACUUUAAGAUACAAGUAUGGUCAGCAAAGGAAUCAGUUGUGGACGUAUGAUGGUUUAGCAGCUACCUAGCGUUAAUAUUAUGCUGUUAUUUAAUUUUAACUAUUUUUUAAAGUCAGUUGUGAGAUAUCGUAACUAAGAACCCAGACAGAGGACGGAAACAGCUAGAAAAUGGGAAAUAUUUUUUAUUUAUAAUGUAUCUCGACGUAUGAGUCGUUUGUAUGUGAAAGAAGAGUAAACGAAAAAAAUAAAAUCCAUGAAUAAUAACUAAAA